AUGUAUACAUUAACAGAGGAUAGUUUCGAUAUGGGAUGUGACAGUAUCAGCUCAUCGUUACAUGAGAUCCCUAUGGAGCUCGAUUUAACUGCAUCUGGUCCACCAAUUUCAGAUGACGAAACUGAUAUCGACACUCGAGAGAGAAAAUAUAUAAAAUAUGCUAAAAGAAUUUUGCCACAUGUUGGGUUGGUUUUACUGUUAUUUGCUUAUCUCAUGAUGGGCGCAACAAUAUUUCAUGCAAUUGAAGGACCGAAUGAGCUAGUCCAACGAGAUUUGGAACUUCGUACCAUAUUUGGAUUGCGGGAUGAUUUCAAAGAACACAUCUGGAACAUCACGCAGGAUAUUGACAAUAGAAUAUCAAAAGAGGCGUUCAACUCCAUAAAUCAUGAAUACUUUGAAAAUUUGGUCAAAAAUAUAUUCGUUUCUUAUCGCAAUCAGUUUAUAAAUGAAGAUCAUCUUUUAAAUAGAACCAAAGGAGAUGGAUUACUAUGGACAUUCCCUAAUAGCAUAUUUUUUGCCACAACUGUCAUUACUACUAUAGGUUACGGUAACUUGGUUCCAACAACUACACCGGGUAGAAUAGCUUGUAUCAUAUUUGCUCUAUUCGGAAUACCCUUACUUUUGGUCACUAUAGCGGACAUUGGCAAAUUUCUCUCAGAAUUUUUAAGCUUUCUGUAUAGAUUUUAUCGAUCGUUCAAGCGAAAGAUAUCUGCAAAGCUAAGCGAUCAUUCCAAGUUGUUGAAGCAUCAGAGAAACGGAAUGAGAAGCCAAGAAAUAUUUUGGGCCGGCUCCAUCAAUCUGGAUGAUAUGGACGACACAGAUUCCGAAUCAAGUGAUGAGGAUGAAUUACGAAUACCUGUCUUCAUGGUAUUAUUUGCUAUUUUAGCAUAUACAGCUAUUGGAGGAUUUUUGUUCAAAGAGUGGGAAGAUUUGCAAUACUUCGAGGCUUUCUAUUUCUGUUUCAUAACUAUGGCUACUGUAGGUUUUGGUGAUAUUGUCCCUACAGAGCAAGUGUAUAUGUUUUUCACUAUGGCUUAUAUAAUAUUUGGUUUAUCAUUAGCGACUAUGUGUAUCGAUUUGGCUGGAACAGAAUAUAUUCGCAAAAUUCAUUACCUGGGAAGCAAAAUGGAAGAUGCAAAAGGAGCGGUCAUGACUGGUUUGCAAGUGGGAGAACAUAUCUUGAAACAUACUGGCAUUGAAGUGAUCAAAACUGCUAGUGGAAAACUCGUACAAGCUGUUCUGAAUUCGAAACAAGCUAGAGAAUUAGGAGUGGAAUACAUACUCGCGGAUCUUCAAUAUCAACAGAAAAACAUAUUAUAUGAACCAUUAAGCCCGAAUGUAGCUAAAUUGGUUAAAGAAAACAAUAUAAAGGUUUUACCCGAUGAUAUAACUGAGAAAGAUGGAUAUAUUGUACAAAACAAAAGUUAUGACCGUCCAACAUUUAAUGAUCAAUCAUACAUAAAAAUUCAUAAAAAUGUGAUAAGUAGGAUUAUGGUUCCUAGAGCGGAUCGGAAAUCUGUCAUUAUUCCUUGUUUUGUAAUCAAAGAAUCUGAUUUAUGA